CUCUGGUGCAUAUCGGACACUGCUUUCACCUCCCCCACUGUCUCACCUGAUAUCUGCAUGUACAUACACCAUCACACGCGCAAGAAACACACAUUAUAUAUUAGCAGAGGAGCCAGCUUUUUGCUUAACCAAAAGAGGACCAACUUUCUUCAGAUGGAGAAAUAAAGGUAUGGGGGACAAGAGAAAAUGUGAUGGGCUUUUUCUUUGUUAAAUCUAGCCAGCAUCCCUGCUUGAGAGAUUGCAGUCAAGAUCAGUGAGAUAUCAUCUAUCAUGGGGGAACAAGAUUUCAGACACCUCUUGGUCAAGAUUCAGUUAUUCCCGUCAUAUCUAGCGAUAGAUUGAAAGAACAUAUGAAGUCUAUUCUUAAUGAUUUUGAUUAAUUAAGCUAGCAUGUGGCUAUGCCACUGAGAUGAUAUGGCCAUCACCUUCAAACAAGAAAAAGGUGACAAGGCGUUUUGAUUGACUGGAAAUGAUUGAGUAACACAAAAGGUAUGAAUAGUUGGAUCCUCGCGAGACUUCAACCGAACGAUUUGAAGAAGUUAUGGCUAGAGAAAGAGUUAGAAAUGAGCUGACGCCGGCUAAUUCUAAGGCUGCCACGUGCUCUCAAAAUCGCUGCCUCUCACCAGCCUUUCAUUUUGUCGCCUAUUAACUUGACUAAAUGAUCAGUCCACAACAGAAACCAAAGCUUACAAGCACAAGCCGUCGGCGACCCGCUGUGUAUUGCACCUAGACGCCGGCUAUGCAUAGCAAUUGAACAGCAAGUCAGCAACACCACGAGUUGAUGACGACAACCUGUGGCCAGUCUUAUGUUUAAGUUGCUGCCUGCCGAUUGCUUUCCCUUGUCCAAACUUCCAAUCCACAAAAUCUCAGCAUGGAGACGUUCCUUUCUGCGGUUCUCGCUGAUCUUCUCAGCAGAUCCAUAUCCUUCGUGAUCGACAGAUACUGCCAGCAGCAGCAGGGUGUGGAGGAGAAUCUACAGCAGUUACAACGCAUGCUGCUGCGGAUCCAAACCGUCGAUGAGGAGGCCAACGGGAGGAGAAUCACAAACCAAGCGAUGCUUCUGCAGCUAAAGACGAUGAGAAAUGUGAUGUACAGAGGCUACUACUUUCUUGAUAAUUUCAGGUAUCGGAUCGCUCUAGGGCACGCUCCGGAUGAGGUGGAUGAUCACUCUUUGGCCUCGUUUCCUUUCAAUCCAUUGAAGCGGUUCCGUUUCUCUACGAUGGCAAGGAAAAUAGUGUCUGAAGACCAGGAGAAAAAAGAGCUUCUAAAGAUGCUUGGUCGCCUUGAAAGCAUCAUUUCAGAGGAGUUUGUUAUGUCACUCAGAAGCUACCCUCGUAUGGUUCGACAGCCUUAUUGCAGCUACCUGUUGUUGGAGAACUGCAUGUUUGGCCGUCAAGCAGAACAAGAGAGGAUCAUCAGCUUCUUGCUAGAACCACAUCGUGCUGGCGCGGAAGGUGUUGCAGUGCUUCCGAUAAUUGGUCCUGCAAGAGUUGGCAAGAGCACUCUUGUUGAGAAUGUCUGCCAUGAUGAAAGGGUGCGUAAAUACUUCUCCACGAUUGUUUUCUAUUACACCGGUAGUACUGAGGGUGCAGUUGCAGAUACCGGUGUCAUCAAACAUCAAAAUCCUGCCUCAACUAAACAAUCACUAGUAGUAAUUGAACUUGUUGAUGACAUGGAUGAUGAAACAUGGAGAAGAAUAUUGUCUAGUCUGAGAGGAGACAACAUAGCGGCGCCUGUGAGUAAAAUCAUAAUAACAAGUCAAUCAAAUAAGAUAGCAACUUUUGGAACAACCGAAACACUUCAGUUAGAUAUGCUCCCAAAAGAAGCUUUUUGGUAUUUCUUGAAAACAAUUGCAUUUGGCAGCACUAAUCCUGAAGAGGAGCCGAAGCUAACAUCCAUAUGUAUGGAGAUCGCGGCCCAGGCCAAUGGAGCAUUCCUACAUGCAAACAUUAUUGGUGGCAUACUCAGAUCUAAUUUUAGUGUUCAAUUCUGGUACAAGGUUCUCAAACGCAUGAAAAUUAUCACAAACUGGCAUUUCCGUCUACUAGGUGAACAUCCAAGGGACAUGUUUGCAGCUAAAAGUGGGCGGACUAUAGUUUGGUUUAGUAAAUUAAAUCGGUUUGUACCAGUGACAUACAAUGAAGCAAGUUCCUCUCGGCUCAAUGAUCAUCCCACAAGCAAUGCUUUUAUAGCCAAAAAGGGCCAGCUUGAUGAGAACAUUGAUGCCCUGGAAUGGCAAUCUAGCAUUCCUCCAUACUAUAAAUACCGAACGCGUUACGCAAUGAUUGAACAACCGAAUACGUUAUCUACAGGGAAGCGAUCCCGCUCUCUCUCAGAAGGGUCAGUUUGAUAUUGAAAGUCUUGAUUUUAUUUUUUUCCCAGUUAAAUAGUUCCAAAUGUUGGGAAUUAACCUCUUCAAGGCCGGCGCCUCAAGCCACCUCUCGCGUUGUCCACGUCGGAUAGCAACCAUGGUGGAAAUUUUACGAAAAGCCCUUCAAUUAUAUGUAAUUCGAUCUAGGUCCCCCGCACUGAGGUGUUAAUUUACAUAUAGAUAGAUAGAUUUGUCCACAUUAUGAAUCUUAGUAAGUCUUGUGAGAAGUAUAGGUUUGUAUAUCAGGAGCUGUUAUUGGUUUUAAAUUUUCAUCUAGCUCCUAAUUGUAAUACGAAUAUUUGAUUCAAGUGAAAUGUAUUCAGACGGAUUCGCUUUUUUGCUAUUCA